AUGGCGGCCGUGCUGCUGAGGGGCUCUGAGCUGAUCGGGGUCCUCGGGCCCAGAGUGCCGCUGAGGCGCUCGCUGUCCCGGCAGCUCGCUUUACAACACGCUCCUUGCCAAUUAAGGAUGGACCUGAAGAGUUCGUGGUCGGAUCUUGAUUCCCAGGAAGCCGGGGAGCCGCACAGUCCAUCGUCUGUGUUAGAAGUUGUUCCUCGCGGGUUAGUUCACAAAGUCCUGAAGACGGCUGCUGAUGCUCGGAAGCUGCCUGUUAGGCUUUGGGGUCUCGCCAGCCGGAGCCCCGAGAGCGGGUGUCCGAGCGUGGAGGUGGUUCCCUGCCCGGAGGUGUUGGCUGGUUUCCCCGCCCGGAGGCAGGGUGGUGGUUCGGGGCGCUGGGCCCGCCGCCCAGCCCGGGGAAGGGGCAGCCCUCCUUCGGGAGAACAUGUGUCCGAUGCACAUGUUGAGAGAAGCUUUCAGGUCGCAUCACUUUCCUGGCACCCUUCCAGACCAAUUCUCGCAGCAGGCUGGGAGACGGGAGAAGUUGUGGUACUUAACAAACAAGAAAAGGAGCACCACGCUGUACCUCCAAAUCAUAAUGCCAAAAUUACAGUCCUAAACUGGAGUACAAAUGGUACCUGCCUUGUGUCUGGUGAUAGGCAUGGUGUCUUGGUUCUAUGGAGAAUGGACCAGCGAGGCAGAGUGCAGGGUCCUGCCCUGCUGAAACAAGAGUGUGGAAAAUGUCUGUCUCACUGUGUCUUUCGACCACCCCCUCCUGGCGAGGACUUUGUACAGCUGGCAAAAGCAGCUGUGGGUGGUGAUGAGAAGGCCUUGGAUAUGUUUAACUGGAGAAAAGCUGGAACGGGAGCACCUCUGAAAAUGGGACUCCAGGAAGGACUGUCCUUCUUUAUCACUUUGACAGAUGGUUCUGUGCAUUAUGUGAGUGAGAAAGGAAAAACAAGGCAUGUAUUGUCCACAGACAGUCUGGUCCAAAAGCUUCUGUUCAUGGAGGAAAGAGAUGUUUUAGUUGUAAUAACAGAGAACCUGCAGUUGUCCUUGCAUGCAAUUACUCUUGAGGGAGAGGCAGAAGAGCUCAUGAAGGUGAAGUUGAGUGGGAAGAUAGGUCAUUCUGCAGACAUCAUUUUAAUAGACCAUAGCCUUGUUGUUACAGCACUAGGCGAGACGGUCAUCAGAUUCUGGGAUUUGGACCGAGAUGAGAACUAUGUGCUCUCCCCAGAUGUGCAAUUUGGCUUUGAGGGAGGAGAAUGUAUUAACUGUGUUUCUUACUGCAGUGCUAAAGGUCUCUUAGCAGCUGGUACUAACAAAGGGAGAAUAGCUAUGUGGAGGAAAGCAGCAGGAUCCGAUCAGAGCAUACGGGCUUUGGAGGGCAAGGAGAAGUGGAAGCUCCAGGCACCUACGGAACUUGAAGGAAAUGUCAUUCAGAUAAAGUGGGGCUCCCGAAAAAAUCUGCUGGCAGUGAACAACAUCAGCUCUGUGGUGAUCCUCAGUGAGCAGGCCAUGUCAUCUCAUUUUCAUCAGCAAGUGGCUGUUGUACAGGUGUCUCCCAACCUGUUUAACGUGACCUUCUUCAGCACAGGAACCACACACAGUCUUCGUGUUGAUAUGAAUGUUAAUGGAGUCUUCGCUACUAAGGAUGCUGUAGUAUUCUGGAAUGGGAAGCAAGUUACUGUCUUUGAGUGUUCAGGAGAUACCUUCAGAAGUGCAGGCUCUUUUCUUUGUGACUCUCCAGUUCUGUCUGUGCAUGGAGAAAAUCUGUACACAGUUGAGCCGUAUCGGGUCCAGGUCCGCACUUGGCAGGGCACAGUUAAACAGCUGCUGGUGUUCUCUGAAGCAGAGGGGAAUCCAUGCCUCUUGGAUGUCUGUGGAAAUUUCCUGGCUGUGGGAACUGAUUUGGCUCAUUUUAAAAUCUUUGAUCUCUCUCGCAGAGAGGCAAAAGUGCACUGCAAUAGCAAGAAUUUCUCUGAGCUGUUUCCUGGCCUUGGAGGCAUUGCAUCUGUCAAGUGCAACGCUAAUGGCAAUAAAGUCAGCAUCCUUGUUAGCAAGGCGGAUGGGAACAUUGAUUCCAAGAUCUGUUUCUAUGAUGUUGAAAUGGACAAAGUUAUGCUCUUUGAUUUCAAGGCUGAACAGGGAAAUGGUAGAGAGAAGCUUUCUUCCGGACAAGGCAUUGACAAUAGGUCUGCUGUGGACUAUCCAGAGUUGCACAGUCACGUCCCUGCUUGCCAUUUCUGGGACCAGAGUGAACCAAGACUUUUUGUAUGUGAAGCAGUUCUUGAAACAGGCCUACAAUAUCCAGACCAGAAGAAAAAACAGACUGAGAGCACAAUGGAUGUUUGGAUUAUAUCAUUCUUCAGUACUGAAGAGCAUGGCCUUUUGCUUCAGGACAGCUUUCCAUUGCCUUCAUCCUACCAGGUUCUUCUGGGCAUAGAGGUGCCACAUUAUUAUUUUGCAAAAAAGCCGGGAGAAGCUGAGAAAGGACAAGCAGAGUCUGGCUCAAUAAAGGUGUCUCAGAUGGUUGCGAGAAGACCCAUGAGAGAUUUCAUUGGAUUAGGAGACUGUGAUAAGACUACCCGGGAUGCCAUGCUGAACUUCAGCUUCUAUCUGACUGCUGGAGACAUGGAUGAGGCCUUCAAAUCCAUCAAGCUGAUAAAAAGUGAGGCUGUCUGGGAGAGCAUGGCUCGCAUGUGUGUGAAGACUCAGAGGCUCGAUGUUGCCAAAAUUUGCCUUGGAAACAUGGGUCACGCAAGAGGAGCCAAGGCGUUGAGGGAGGCUGAACAAGAACCAGAGCAGGAGGCCAGAGUGGCUGUGCUGGCCAUUCAGCUGGGCAUGCUGGAGGAUGCGGAGCGACUGUACAAGGCUUGCAAACGCUACGACCUCCUGAACAAGUUCUAUCAAGCCUCAAACCAGUGGCAGAAAGCCAUCGAAACAGCAGAAGCUCACGAUCGGGUUCACCUACGCACCACGUACUACAACUACGCUAAGCACCUGGAGGCAACCGGAGAGCACAGUCUUGCACUCGCCCACUAUGAGAAGUCAGACACACAUAGGUUCGAGGUACCCCGAAUGCUCUCUGAAGACUUACAAGCCCUGGAGAACUACAUCAACAAGAUGAAAGACAAGAGCCUGUGGAAAUGGUGGGCACAGUAUCUGGAGAGCCAAUCGGAUAUGGAAUCUGCGCUAAAAUACUAUGCACUGGCUCAGGAUUAUUUUUCCCUAGUCCGUGUCCACUGCUUUCAGGGCAACAUUCAGAAGGCUGCUGAAAUAGCAAACGAAACGGGGAAUUGGGCAGCAUCCUAUCACUUGGCCCGCCAGUAUGAGAGUCAGGAUGAAAUCAAGCAGGCUGUACAUUUCUACACCAGGGCCCAGGCAUUUAACAACGCCAUCCGCUUGUGUAAGGAGAACAAUUUAGAUGAUCAGCUGAUGAAUCUGGCUCUUCUGAGCUCUCCGGAAGACAUGAUAGAGGCAGCAUGCUAUUAUGAGGAAAAGGGGGAGCAAAUGGACCGAGCUGUCAUGUUAUACCACAAGGCAGGACAUUUCUCCAAAGCACUGGAGCUAGCCUUUGCCACACAGCAGUUUGGGGCCCUACAGCUAAUUGCUGAAGACCUGGAUGAGCACUCAGACCCAGCUCUGCUAGCCCGCUGUUCUGAUUUUUUUAUUGAACACGCUCAGUAUGAGAAAGCAAUGGAGUUGUUACUAACAGCCAAAAAGUACCGUGAAGCUCUGCAGCUUUGCCUGAAGCAGAACCUGACCAUCACAGAGGAGAUGGCUGAGAAGAUGACGGUCUCUAAAGACUCCAAGGACCUCUCUGAGGAGUCCCGGAGAGAGCUGUUGGAGCAAAUUGCCGAUUGCUGCAUGAGACAAGGCAAUUACCACAUGGCAACCAAGAAAUACACGCAAGCAGGAAACAAGUUAAAGGCGAUGAGGGCACUGCUGAAAUCUGGAGAUACUGAGAAAAUUGUCUUCUUUGCGGGAGUUUCCAGACAGAGAGAGAUUUAUAUCAUGGCAGCCAACUAUCUACAAUCACUGGAUUGGUGCAAGGACCCCGAGAUUAUGAAGAACAUCAUUAGCUUCUACACUAAAGGAAGGGCCCUUGACCUGUUGGCAGGUUUCUAUGAUGCAUGUGCUCAGGUAGAAAUCGAUGAGUAUCAGAACUAUGAGAAAGCACAAGGAGCACUGACAGAAGCAUAUAAGUGCCUUUCAAAAGCAAAGACUAGAAGCCCUCUGGAACAGGAAAGCAAACUAGCACUUUUGCAAAGCAAGAUGACCCUGAUUAAGCGAUUCGUCCACGCUCGGAGAGUUUACUCUGAAGAUCCCAAAGAAGCAGUCAGACAGUGUGAACUUCUCCUAGCUGAACAAGAUUUUGACAACGCCAUCCGUCACGGCGAUGUCUUGGGAUUUCUGGUUGAACAUUACGUACAAGUGGAGGACUUCCACAUGGCUCACCGGUAUCUGGAAGAGAUGCAGAAAAGAGUUCCACCCAUGAACCUGAGCUACUACGUGACUCAGCAGACCAUUGAGGCAGUUCACCGAGGAGUAGGCAUUCCCGUAAGCCGAACCCUGGUUCCAGAGCAAAUUCGCCACAGCAGCGUGGAGAACAAGGAGGUGGAGGAAGAAGUGGCUGACGAGGUGGAGGACCCUUGACAACUUACACUUACCAAACGCAAAGUUGACUUUAAUACUAGGUCAUUUGUUCUGUCCUCAUUAGGGGUCACGUAUCAGUCAACACACUGCUGCAACAAGGCUUUUUGGUUAUUACCAAGAAAUUUAUUCCUCCUGCUUGACUGUACAAGCAACAGUAUUGAAGUUAAUGUAUUAUCUCAAACACUACAUACAAAGAUUCACAUGUAUAUCCUGUAAUGAAGCUGGUUUUAGUAUUUUAAUAAA